GAGAGGAGGGAGGAAGGGAGAGAAGAAGGAAGCGGAGAAGGGAGAGGAGGAGGAGGAAGGGGAAGGAGAGAGAAGGAGGAGCAGAAAGACGGGGAUUGAAGAGAGCUGGGGCGCUGUCCGUCCAGCUGAUCCCCCGGGGCCCUGGAAAAGUCGGGGACCCUGGAGGGGCGCCAGUCACCGCCUCGCCCCAAUAAACCAGCCUUGCGCGAGUCUGGGCGUGGCCGUGUCAUGAGUGAGUGUGUAUGUUGAGUAUGUCUGGGAUGGGGGGUUGGGGGGUGGGAUUUGUCGCUCGGUUGCUCCUCAGCCUAGGGCGGGGCUUGGCGGGAGAUCUCCAGCAGCAGCCCCAGCCGGGACCAACCCUCCACGACCGCAUAGCCGCGGGCUUCUGGGACCCAGCUGGGACUGGGGAGGGGAUUUGGGGCGGGACUAACCCCUCUGGUCCCGCCCCCUGACCUCCUGUGAGGCCGGCCGGCUCUCGGUUCCCGGCGCCUAUUGGCUAGGGCUUCCGCCUAUCCCUGGGAAUCCCCUGUGCUCCGCUAUUCCCGGACCCCUUCACAGUCCAGUCUCAGGGACCGUGGUGCCGGCUGCUCUAGGUGGGAUCGGCUAGGAACAGACACCUGACUUGGAGCUCGCGCACUGGGCUCUUCAGAGCGGGACCAGGCAGAGGCAGGUUAGGCACGCAGGGCGUUAGCGGGCUGGGUGUAGCCGAGGAACCCCCACGCGUGUCCUCGAAGGCUAGAGUCCCACCCAGGACAGCCCGCCCCCGCGAAAGGGCGCCCGCAUCGGGCCCAGCUUGCCUAGGGACGGAUGACAGGGGUCGUGUGAGCCUCGAGGCCCCGUUCGUAGAUUGACCGAACCCGAAGUAACCAAUUUGGAGAGUGACGGAUCCAAAGCGAGGCCGGGCGAGGGUGAUCCGUACAGAAGAGGGGCUGUCGGCGCCGCGGGACCCCGGGACUGCCAGCAGUGGGACGGACGGGCCGGGCCCAUGGCGGAGCCGGGGCUGCCGCUGGUGGCUCGGCUCAGCUACUCCGUGGGUCACUUCCUGAACGACCUGUGCGCCUCCAUGUGGUUCACCUACCUGCUGCUGUACCUGCACUCGGUUCAGGGCUACAGCUCCUGGGGCGCCGGCAUCCUGCUGCUGCUGGGCCAGCUGGCCGAUGGCGUGUGCACACCCCUCGUGGGCUACGAGGCCGACCACUCUGGGGGCUGCUGCGGGCGCUACGGUCCCCGAAAGUCCUGGCAUCUGGUCGGCACCUUUUGUGUUUUGCUCUCCUUUCCUUUCAUCUUUAACCCCUGCCUGGGUUGCACAGCCUCCACCGCAGAGUGGGCCGCCAUCAUCUACUAUGCACCUUUCAUUGUGAUCUUCCAGUUUGGCUGGGCAGCCACCCAGAUCUCCCACCUGUCUCUAAUCCCUGAGCUGGUCACCAAUGACCACGAGAAGGUAGAACUCACCGCCUUCAGGUAUGCCUUUACUGUAGUGGCCAACAUCGCUGUGUAUGGGGCUGCCUGGCUGCUGCUCCAUUUCCAGGGGUCCCACUCUGAGUCCCCUGAUUCAGGCCCCGGCGACCAGCUCGGCCUACAGGACGUGCCGGUGUUUAGGAACCUGUCCCUGAUGGUCGUCUGUGUGGGCGCCGUCUUCUCCCUGCUCUUCCACCUGGGCACCAGAGAGAGGCGGCGGCCUGGGCCCGAGGAGCCCAGUGAGCACAGCCCGCUGCUCCCGCCGGCCGCCCAGCCCCGGCUCCUCUGGAAGCACUGGCUCCGGGAGCCCUCCUUCUACCAGGUGGGCCUGCUGUACAUGAGCACGCGGCUCAUCGUGAACCUGUCCCAGACGUACAUGGCCAUGUACCUGACCUACUCCCUGAGCCUGCCCAAGAAGUUCAUCGCCACCAUCCCCCUCGUGAUGUACGUCAGCGGGUUCUUCUCCUCUUUCUUCAUGAAGCCCGUGAACAAGCGCAUCGGUCGGAAUCUGACCUACUUUGUGGGCCUGUUGGUCAUCCUGGCCUUCGCUUCAUGGGUGGCGCUGGCCAACUUGCUGGGCCCGGCUGUGUACGGAGCGGCCGUCCUCCUGGGGAUAGGCUCGGCCACCAUCCUGGUCAUGUCUCUGUCCAUGACAGCCGACCUCAUCGGAAGCCACACGAACAGCGGGGCCUUUGUGUAUGGGGCCAUGAGCUUCACAGACAAGGUGGCCAACGGGCUGGCAGUGAUGGCCAUCCAGAGCCUCUACCCCUGCUCCUCGGACCUAUGCUGCGCGGCCUGCAUGGGCUUCUACCACUGGGUGAUGGUGGCCGUGACGGGCGGCGUCGGCGUGGCAGCCGCCCUCUGUCUCUGCAGCAUCUUCCUAUGGCCCAUCCAAGUGCGCUUCUUCUCCCGGACCUCCAGGACCGUCCCGGAUGGCUCUGUAGGAUGAUACUACGGCCGGCCCAGCUGAAGUUGCCGCUGGACCAAACUCAGGGGUCUUCCAGGACAGUACGGUCAAUUGAGCCCUCAGCGGGCCUCAGCUGUGAGCACACGGACUCUCCUUCCCGGACACAGGACUCCCUUCGCUGAGGCUCCUGAGCGGAGCAGCCCCAGCUGGUCUGGGGACCUUAGCUUGUCUCUAUGGCCCGUUUCCCGCCCAGGGAUCUCCUGGCGGUAGCUGUUUACAAAGGAUGUUGGACUGAUGAAUAAAAGCCCCACCGAGGAUGGGGGAAUGCUA